UAUUUUGAUCAUUCUUGGUGUAAUAUUUGGUGCAAUAUUUCUGCUUGCUGGGACAGGAGAUGACUUAGAACAGUUCUUUCAGCCAGAUCAGUUUUUCCUGUAUCUUUUACCCCCAAUUAUACUUGAGGCAGCAUUUAGUUUACAUGAUAGAACUUUUACAGACAAUCUGGGCAGCAUAAUUAUGUUCUCUGUUGUGGGCACAGUGAUUGCAUGCUUUGCUAUAGGUAUGAGCCUUGUUGGGUUGGCUAAAGUAGGUGCUAUGGAGGACCCACAGGCAACUCCUGUACAGAUACUUGUGUUCAGUGCCCUUAUAGUAGCUGUGGAUCCUGUGGCUGUAUUGGCAAUAUUCCAAGAAGUGGGCGUGAACAAUAUGCUGUAUUUUCUGGUGUUUGGAGAGUCACUUUUAAAUGAUGGUGUAACUGUAGUUUUAUAUAAUGUCAUGCAGAUUUACAGUAGAAUGGAUACAAUAGAAGCUGAUCAGAUAGUGCUUGGUAUAGUAAAGUUUCUAGUUGUUGUCUUUGGUGGGAUAUUUAUCGGCGUUGCAACGGGACUUUCAUCAUCGUUCCUCACCAGGUUCACUAACAAUGUGAAGGUUGUUGAACCGAUUAUCAUAUUCGGCUUUGCUUAUCAGUCGUACAUUAUAGCAGAAAUGUUUCAUUUCUCAGGGAUUAUUAGCAUAAUAGGGUGUGGUUUGACACAAAUGCAAUAUGCCUUCAACAAUAUCACCAAUAAAUCCAAAUUGGCUUGCAAGUUUUUUGCCAAAGUCAUAAGCAAUACCUGUGAGAUCAUCAUUUUCCUGUUUCUCGGACUGAAAACAGUACAUCCCCAUCAUGUGUGGAAUACAGGCUUUGUCCUAUGGACAACAUUACUUUGUGUACUGUACAGAUUUAUUAUUACAUUUGUGAUGUCAUUCCUGAUCAAUAGAUGUGAUAGAUACAGAAUACGUAAAAUAAAACUUGAUGAAAUGUUCAUGAUAAGUUACGGUGGGUUACGAGGGGCGGUUUGUUUCUCGCUGGUUGCAUUGCUAGAUGAGGGCGAGUUCCCGAUGAAAAAUAUGUUCAUGACAACGAGCUUGUUCGUUAUCUUUUUCACAGUGUUUAUACAAGGUGGGACGAUUAAAUGGUUGGUAAAGAAGAUGAGAGUGUCAUUACAAGAUUCAUCAAAAGAUAUGAUCCUUUAUCAAGAACUUAAUCAGCAUGUAUCCGAUCAUCUGAUGGCAGGUAUAGAGGAGAUUGUAGGCAUGUCAGGAAAAUAUCUUUUGAGGGAAAAGUUUGACCGUUUAGAUGAUCGUUUUAUCAGACCACGGUUACUCAGGGACCCAACAAAGUGUGAUGGGAUUGAGAUUAGUAAUUAUUAUGAGAAACUUGUGAUGAAGGAACAUUACAAAAAUCUGCGGCUCUGUGGAGUGUCAAAUCUACCAAGGGUUGAAUCAGAUUUACGGCAGAUAGACAGCUCUGUGUGUUUGAAGGGAAUGGAUGACGAAUACGAACAACGAGCACUGGAGAGAGAUGAAGAGAUAGAGAUGAGGAGGCAUCGUUUAGUGUCACAAAAAUCAAUGAAGGAGGCCGAGGGACCAGAGGGCAUUGAUUUGAAGAAAUUGUUUAGAAGUGCCAUGGUGUCUUCAAGACAGAGAACUGGCUUGCAUUAUCACGACAAGAACUUUGUGGCAGACGAGAAACGUAACAUGGUUAGUCAUCUCCGACACAAGUACAAGAAAAAUCAACGACUAAGCAAUUUCACACCGAAAGUACAACGAGCAUUGUCAUGGGACGAGGACAAAACGGACUUGGCGACAAGACGUUCGUCGGACUUGAAACUAAACCUGCGUGCGGGACGAGCAAAGACUGUCGAUUAUUCGCCACUUCAAUCAGUAAGUUCAGACAAGGUGUCAUCACCGCCCGUAUUCGGCUUAGAAGAUACAGUUUUCGAAGUGGAAGAUGAACAACAAGAGGGAAAACCGUUACUUACAAACAAUAACAAAACUGCAUCAGUUAAAAAUCAUGAAAAUGAGCAUAAACAUGUGACAUUUGAAAAACAGGAUGAGAUGGAUAACACUGUAGUGCCACAAAAUAACAAGGCAGUAAACCAUAAUGAAAACAUUGAGGGGGCCGUGAAUAGACCAGGGCCGCCUCGGUCCCAAUCAUCGCAACAUUCGGCUCAUCUUUUAAGACAAGACGCUAUGAAAGAUCCCGAUACAAAUGUUGAAAUUCAAAUGCAAGAUUUAGGAAAAGAUAGUAAGGAGAUGCCAAAUAGGCAGAUGUCAGGUUGUAACUUGUAA